CCCGGGCAACAGAGCGAGACUCUGGAUCUAGACAAAAAAAAAAAAAAAGAAUUAUAAUGUGUAGGAUUGUGAAUGAUCACUCUAAUCAACCAGUGGGCAAGUUGCUUUGCUCAGCGUAAGUUCAAACUGCCACAUCAGAACGUUAUUUGAGUGUAUACAUAUGCAACCAUUAAAAGUGGCCGUUACCACGAUGCAUUCUGGGAAAGGAGCAGCACCAAAUCCAAGAUGGCGGCCAGCAGGAGGCUGAUGAAGGAGCUUGAAGAAAUCCGCAAAUGUGGAAUGGAAAACUUCCGUAACAUCCAGGUUGAUGAAGCUAAUUUAUUGACUUGGCAAGGGCUUAUUGUUCCUGACAACCCUCCGUAUAAUAAGGGGGCCUUCAGAAUCGAAAUCAACUUUCCAGCAGAGUACCCAUUCAAACCACCGAGGAUUACGUUUAAAACAAAGAUCUAUCACCCGAACAUCGACGAAAAGGGGCAGGUCUGUCUGCCAGUAAUUAGUGCUGAAAACUGGAAGCCAGCAACCAAAACCGACCAAGUAAUCCAGUCCCUCAUAGCACUGGUGAAUGACCCGCAGCCCGAGCACCCGCUUCGGGCUGACCUAGCUGAAGAAUACUCUAAAGACCGUAAAAAAUUCUGUAAGAAUGCUGAAGAGUUUACAAAGAAAUAUGGGGAAAAGCGACCUGUGGACUAAAAUCUGCCACGACUGGUUCCAGCAAGUGUGAGCAGAGACCCCCGUAGUACAUUCAGACACCUCCUCGAAAAGAAGGACUCUGUGGAAAUCGACGUGCCACCGCCUGGCGUUCGCUUGCAGCAGUUACUGACUUUCUACAGUUUUCUUAAUUAAAAGUGGUCUAGGUAACCUGUAAAGAAAGGAUUAAAAAUUUAAGAUGUUCUAAAAAAAAAAAAAAA